UAUGGAAAAAGUCACCAAGGGCAAUUCAAAAAAAAGGUUAACUGAAGAAAGCGAAAAAAUAGGUUCUGACAAGGAAGAAGCUUCCUCCAAAGAACCUGAACUAAAGAAAGUUAAAACUACCACUUCUGUUCCAGUUAAUACUAAAAUGCCUGAAAAAUUGGAAUUUCAUAAACCUUCAGGAACUGUUAAGCUCGCGUCAUGGAAUGUUAGCGGGUUGAAAGCAGCUUUAAAAAAGGGAUAUCAUACAUAUGUAGAAGCCGAAGACGCAGAUAUUUUGUGCCUUCAAGAAACGAAGGUCAAUGAAAAAGAAUUUAAUGCUAUCGACACCAAGAAAUAUAAAUAUCAUUGGUGGGGUUUUGAAGAAAAAAAGGGAUAUGGUGGAGUCGCAGUGUUCUCAAAGAUAGAGCCGAUUUCUGUUGCUUUUGGCCUUUCUACACAUCCUACACCUGAGAUCACUAAAGGUCGCGUCAUCACAUUGGAGUUCAAGACAUUGUAUUACGUAGCUGUUUAUGUGCCGAACGCGGGAGAAAAACUUGUUAGAUUAAAAGAACGUGUUACUUGGGAUGAAGCCAUGGAACGAUAUUUAAGGCAGCUUGACGAAAAGAAGCCA